CGGUGGAAGAGUCAAGAGCCGCCGGCUGCUGUGGAGUUGUCUCCGCCGCUUUCGGCCAGUGAGGGAGAUAUUGAGUAAAUUAAUUAUAUAUAAUUAAAAAAAGAGAGAGAAAGUAAGGGGGGCAGGGAGUGGCGGGCACCGUUGAUAAGCAGAAAGGAGGAAGGAGAAAAAUAUAUUUUAAAAAACGUACCAAAGAGUAAGGGAAGGGGAAAAAAGAAACUAAUUUAUUUAAUGAAGAAAACAGGGGCCUGUAAAAUGGCCGGCGACAGCGGCACGUCCGAGGUGGUCAGCCGGUAUUUAAAGGACGCCGACGAGCCGCGCUCGACGCUCGGCGGCGGUUCAGCGGCGAAGGCCGGCGAUGAGGAGGAGGAGGAAGAAGAGGAGAAAAAUCUCGGCGGGGAAGGAGGCGCCGCUGCCUCCUCGGCGGGCCACGGCUCCAAGGCCGCCUCGGCUUACGAAGUGAUAAACGGGAUCUUGUACCGUAAGAGGCUGGAAAGGGGGGCGACCAGCUACACCGAGGUGCUGGUGGGCGCCGCCGCCGAGCAGCGACGCGCUGUCAUCGCCUCGUUCCACCAGCAGCCGGCGGCCGGCCAGCGUCACUGCACCAUGGAAGAGACGUACAAGAAUGUUUCUGAGAACUAUUGGUGGGAAGGGAUGUUUCCAGACAUCAGAGAUUAUGUACAAGGAUGCAAUCACUGUAAAGACAGGAAGGAUAAUCUUCUGAUUUCGGAAGAAAAGUACAUAACUGGUAAAUUGACGACACACUGCACUAAAGUGCUUGAGAGAUUGAACAGUCAACGAUCUAAAGGACUUUUUUGUGAUGUGACUUUGAUAGUGGAGAAAACAUCCUAUCCAGCUCACCGUGCUGUUUUGGCUGCUGUUAGUGAAUAUUUCCAGGAUCUGUUUUCAGAGAAAGGAUCCACGUCUAAUAAAGUUGUGGAUUUGAAAGGAUUCAGCAGCAAGAGUUUUCUCCCACUUUUGGAAUUUUCCUACACGUCUUCACUAUCUGUGAAACCGGAUUAUUUUGCUGAAAUAUGUGCUUUAGCCAGGCAUCUAAGGAUUUGGGAAGUGGUUGAAAUGUGUGCAGCACUCUGCAAGUUGCAUGGAACUGGGAACAGCAAAGCACAUAAAGAGGAAUCCAGCAAAGAGGAGAAAAAAGAAUUUUCUUCAUAUGAAGUUUGUAUUGAUCAGUCUUUAAUUGGACCUAGACAACACGUGCCUCCUAUUUACUAUCCGUUUGAUCAGCUGGAAGAUGAUACAGCACAACCGAAACUUGAUAAUUUCGGUAGAAGUGUGUUUUCUCCAGGAUCACAUUCAACAGUGAUUCAGGGAGAAACAAAAGUGCCAGAUUUUACUUUUAAGCUUCAAGAAAUGCAGUCAGGACUUUCCAAAGAUAAAGUGGCACCAGCACAUUCUGAAACCUCUGUUGGUAACCUGGAGGUGGAGACACUGGAAAAUCCCAGUAGACGAUUUAAAUUAUUAGGCUAUUCUGACAAAACUCCACUGAAAACACAAACGGUUAAAUCUUCAUCACAGAAGUGUUCAUCUGCAAAUAAAGUGACUAAUAUUCCUACCUCUUUAGAACUGAAAUUUGCAGAUAAGUCAAGAGAUCUUUAUAAUCAAAGAAAAUGCAACUUUGAGAAAACACCCACAAAGUCCAAAUCACAGACAAGAGUGUCGAAGCACCUGGAUUAUAGCGUUGCUGGCCCUCAGGACAACUCUGGUUGUAAAGGAGUAAACACACUUCUCCGGUCACCUGUCAAACAAGUAGCCACUGAAGAAGAACUUUACUCUCCUAAUGUGAAUGAGAAAUAUAAAUUACUUAGUGUAUUGGGGUUACAGAGGAAAACGUCUGUUACUGAUGGUGAAGAACAGGCUAGCUGGAAACAAAAAAGGAGACUUCGACAACCUAAAGUUAGAAAUUAUUCCUUGCUUACUGGAAUGAAGAAAAGAAGAAUAAAUUGUGCAAAAAGCCAAUUACAACCAGACCAGAUGAAAGCAAAAGGACUUGCCAAUUGCUUUGUUGUCAUUGAAAAGAUCCUACCAUCAAUACAGAAGCAAAAUGGAGACAAUCAACAAUUAAACAAAGCAUUGUUUGCACUAGAGAAAACUGAACCUUUAAAUUGUAAACUUAAUUUCUCUCAGGGUUGUACUGGAAAGGAAGUAGUUUGUAGCCCAAGUAAAAUACAGGUAAAGAACCCUAAAUCUGAGACAGAAGGCUGUUUACUUGAGAAGAAAAUCCAGCAAAGAAAGAAAUGUAGCAGUGGAAGUUUUCCAUUAACCAAAAAGUCACAAUGCCAAACAAAUUCCAGUAUUUCUAAACCAGGCAAGAAGGAUAAGUCGUCAGUAAUCUCUGUGGAGGAAAUAGCAGUGUCAUCAAAAACUCCUCAUGGCCACAGUGGUAUAGAAGGGAGUGCAUUGACCAGGCGAACCAGAAGUUGUACCUCGUAUACUACGCCGGUAAAAUGUUCUUCCUCGCGAGGAAGCACUGCUGCUAAAACAUCUCCAUGUUUGAUACAUCACGGUCAAAGUGGCAGAAGAACUAGACAGUUAUACAAGGCCAUAAUAAACUGUAGAAAGUGUAAAUUUAACAACUUGGACUCCGUGCCAAGUCGUUCUCAAAACGCUGCUCAGAAAAAUAUAUCAGAAAGAACACUCCUGAAGAAUAAACUACUGAAAAAUAAGCUAUCAUCAGAAGAGUGUAAUUUUCAUGAAAAUCGAAAGCUGGUUUGUGAUGAUAUCUGUGUGACAGUGCCAUCAAAAAGAAAAGGAAGGCAAGUUCUGAAUGUGGAUCUGUUUAACCAAGUGCCUGCAAAAGCAGAAAGUAAUGUUGGAAAGCUUAAGGAAAAAUGUGAUGGCAAAAGCUUAGUUCCAAAUGUUUGCCAAAGUACUUCUGAAGAGGAGAAAGAAGAGAAGGCAGCAGCCCUACUGGAUAGGAGAAGACAGCGGACAAAUUCAUCACAAUUGAGAUGUAAACAAGAGAAGAUGAAACAAGAACAAUUAAAAACUGUUUCCAAGAAGCCGGAAAAGCAGAUCCUUAUCAGGUCCAGUGAAACACAACAAUUUAAAAGGAAAGUAGAAAGGACAGGGUGCCGAUCUUUGGAUGCUGAAAAACAGAGUUAUUUGCAUAGCAUAAAAGAUCCAGCGCUGGGUAAGAGGAAACGCAUACCUACACAGAAGAUUAUUGAAGCUGGUCUUUCCUUAGGAUUUCUUGUAUCAUCUCAAAAUACUGAUAAAAUUAAUAAGUUACCUGUUCAAACCAAAUGCAAACAGUUCAGUUUGUCUCCAAGUCACAUGAGGAACAACCAAGCAGCUAAAACAAAGAUACGUGUAAAGGCAUAUUCUAAAAUAACCACUUCUAAUGAACGAGCAGCCACUAAUAGAAGACAGAAUUGUAAUACAACUCAGAGAAAGUUGAAACAUUCAGAAGUUUUAAAAAGGAGGAAAGAAAAUGUGGCAGCAAAACUAAAGAGAAUGAAACCUGUUGUUUUGUAUGGAAAGAAGCUAUUAAAUUUGAACAUUAAGAAUACACUGGGUAAUAAACGGUCAAAACCUAACGCAAAAGCAAAUAUUAUGAAGAAAGUUACACAACUGUCUACCUCACAGAAGGCAGUAAAGUUGCAACAAAUAGCAAGUGCUAGUUCAAGAAUUACAAAUUCCAAGAGCCUACCAAAGAAUUUGCGGGGAGCUGCACAAGUACUGAAGAAAUUGCAGCCAAAACUUAAGGGAUCAUUAAAAUUAACUCCAAGAAGCAAACACAUAGCCGAAGAAAGCAUGAAAAAGACCAAAGUUUCAAGAGCCCACACUUGCCACGAAUGCUGUGCGACGUUCACAAAUUGUGACUCUCUGUUCCUACACAGAAUGAGCCACAUUAGGGGAAAGCGCUGGUUGUGUCUUUUGUGUGAUAAAACCUUCUAUGGCCAGAAGAAAGCCCAAGUUCACCUUCGCAGUCAUAGUGAGAAGCUGUACAGAUGUAAAGUCUGUGUCACAGUAUCAAAGAAAGAAAAGUCAUUUCAGUACAAGCGGUAAGAAAUUGCAGAGUGGAUGGGCCAAAGAACUGAAGUGGUUGCAAGCUGGAGAAAGAAAUUGCUUUGAUACAUCUAAAUUUAUGAUAACAUCAAGACCAGAGGAAUUAUGCAAAAAGGGGCUGAUUUUUGCAGUGUUUGUAUUAGAACAUUUAAUAACAAUUGGGUCUCCUCCAACUUAAUUCCCAUGCUGUCUGUAAAGAGUUUGUACAUUCUCCCCAUCAACUGCAUGGAUUUUCUCCGGCUACUCCAGUUUCCUCCGGCAGUCGAAAGACGUAGUAAAUUGGUCAUUGUAAAUUGUCCUGAGAUUAGGCUGGUGUUAAAUAGGUGGGUUGCAGGACGGUGUGGCUUAUUGAGCCGGAAGGGCCUGCUCUGCGCGGUAUCUCUAAAUAAAUACGCUAAAUUAUUCUUCAGUGAGCAAAAAAUGGAGCCCAAUGUUAUUCACAUUUCAUACCACUCAAAACAUUCAAAUUAUUUUAUAAAAAUUGUCCAACCGUUAAAUAUUGUCAAAGUUGAGAGGUUCUUUGUUCCAGAAAUUGAAUCUUACCUGUUAUUUUUCUGUCCAGGAGUGUAGAUGCCUUCAUGGAAGCCUUGUACUCUGGCUGAAUAGCGGUUAAUUUGGAAUGGGUAAAACUGUGCCUUUAAGAUUUAUUGUAUACGUUAAAACAACAGUGGUUAUUGAAGUCUCAUCGUGGGUCCCAGGGCUUCCCAAUCUGACAUCCACGGCCCCCUUGCUUAAUGGUAUUGGACCAUGGCAUAAAAAAAGGUUGUGAGCCCCUCUAAACAAAUGCAUGACUGGUUCCUAUGCACUGGAGGUUGGUGACUAGUAACUUGAUAGAGUAGGAAUCAUAUUUGGUGUUGAUCUGUGGUUAUAGUCAAGAAUUUGAUGUAACCAUUACUGCUAGAAUGAGGCAAUUGUGCAAAACACUGUAAUGUUCUGUAGAUAACUGGAUAUAACUACUGUUGUAAAUAUUCAGAAAGAUGUAUGUGCAGUCUAUUUAAAAUGUGGUUAUAUAAUUAACAGUCUACACAAACUAACUGGUGAAAAUUUCAUGCUUUAUAUUUAUGAACUAAUGAUAUAGCUAUAGGUUUACUACUUUUUAAGAUAAGUUUUUAAUGUAUCUUUAAACAGUUGCACAUUUUAUCUUGUAGAACACCAGUUUUUUUUAAAAAGGGAACUUUAAAAAAAUUUGCAAAAGGUGCUUACUGUAAUCUUGCAGUUGAAAGGGCCAUUUAAUGUUUAGGAAGCUUUUUCCUUCUGCUAAUAUAACUGGUUUGGUUGUAUACGUUUAACUAUCUUGGAUGUAUUUCCAUCCCUGACAAGCAUGCAACAAUGCAUGUGUGCUUGAGCACACUCUAGCCUGCUGCUCAGGUUUGUUUAGCUGAAUGUAUUUGAGAAGGUGAAAAUUUGAAUCUGUUUUAUUUUUCAAUUGUUUAUGCCCAUUAGAAUUCUCUGUUUGAAAUUUUGCCAGUCUGAAGACUGGAAUACUCCUCUCAUCUCACCUUAUCUUGAUUUCAACAUGUUGAAACUAACAAACUUGAACAUUUAUAUUGAGGAAUUAAAAUUCAGGUUCUAAACAGUCUCCGCAUCAGUUCACUCACCUGUGGCCUCUUCCAGUCAGUUAGAUUCUGUUGAACUCUGUACCUGAACUAUGAAUUUUCUACGUUUUCCCAGGUAUAGUUUUCUAAUGAAAUCCUUACAUUUGUAGAAGAAAGUCCUGUCGAGGUGGAAAAUAGAAAGGGUCCUUGCAUAAAUUGUAUUUAUAAAAAGAAUCACUGCUGAAGUUAAAUCAUUUAUUUUCUAGCCUCCAAUUUUCUUUGUUUUCACUUUAUUAAGCUACAGGUGGACCUCUAUGGUGGCCUUUUAAAAUGUGAUUCAGAAGUCUAACAUGUUAUUAAUGGUAGUGCGAUCACUUAGAGUCAAGUAUGAUGUUCUCCUGCUGGGCUCUCAGGUGGUUGUGGAGGCUGAUCUGGAAUCCAGAUAUUCUGGUGCAGUCUGAGCAAGAGCAAGUGGUUAAUGGUUGGGUUGAUGUAGCUGAACCAAGUAGCUUUGCUGCACACGUCCUUUUGUUUCAGGAGCUAUAUUAGAAAUCCUGACAAAUGAAACAUCAUUCAGCAAAAAGGUAGUUAAUAUUUUGAAAGGACAAAUACCUGAAAUGCUGAACAAAGUGACACAUGCUUUUAAUGUUAAAUAUACCUCCACUUCGUCAUGGUUUUUCCUCUUACAGUCUCAGGUUAGUGUAUUCUGUUGCAGGGCUUUGUAUAAUGGAACUGCUUACGUUAAAGUCACAAUACAUGUAGAAUAAAAUCCAGUACCUUGUGUUAUGAUGUGCUACUGUAUAGUGGCUUGUUCCCAUUGGGGGGAAAAUAAUCUAUAAACUGUUUAUAUUGUUGAAUUUGGUUCCCAUUCCAAAUAUUUUAAACUUUUUAGGAAUGUAAAUUUUGUAUGAACAUUAACACCUGAAUUUUUGUACAUAAAGUUCUAAGGAGUUUUACAAUGUUAAGAUCUUUAUAAUAUAGUUUUGAAAAUCCCCAGGAAAGAUUAAUGAAAUUGUUUUUAUUUUACUAUUUUGUAAUUUAACUUUUGUUAGGUAGAUUCAGAAUAGAUUUUUAAGUAACAAAAUGUUGAUCUAUUAAGGUACUUGUUACUAUAUAUGUUCUACAAAUAAUUGUUUUCCAUCACCCUUUUUAAUUACAGUGAUCCUAUAAGUUCCUUUUCAUAUGGGACUUCUACUUAUUUUUAAUCAUAAUUAUACAAUUAUAGAAGCUGUAAAAUAUAAACAAGAUGUUAAUUUCAUCACAAAAGUUUUAUUUACAAUGUGAAGGUAUCCACAGAUUGCAGUUAAAUAUUUUCUCCAUAUAGCUUCUGUGGCUACCAUGUUAAUGAUGAAAAUUGCCAUGAACUACAGAAUAUAUUUUGAUCUCUUUGAAAAUUGUUUCCCAGAGGAAACCAGUCCUGUCUAAUUCUUCACUUUGUUCUUUUUAUUAUUAUACAGAACCAAU